UAGCCAAGCAGCAGACUCACUUCUUUUAUUUUGUAAAAUGGCAAUACAUGUAUUUCUAACAUUGCUGAUUUGUUUCUUGACUGCAGAGAGAUCCCAUGCAUCCCUGACAUCUCCACCCAUUGUCACAUCAUCCCUGACCUAUGUGGUGGACACUACAGGGUCAAUGUACUAUGACAUGCAACAGCUAAAAGUAGUGAAUGGCUGGAUUCUGGAUCGGACAAUAGCACAAUUUCCAUGUGGAGAUCGACAGUAUACAUUGGUUGAAUUCAAUGACCCAUCAUUUGGCCAAGUAAAGAUGACAAAGUCAAUAGAUGAGUUUAAAUCUUUUAUUAGUAAUCUCUAUGCCUAUGAUGGAGGCGACUGCCCAGAAUUUGCAAUGAAUGGACUCAAAGUGGCUUUAGAGAAUUCCCCAGACAGAUCUAUCAUUCUAGUGCUCACAGAUGCAUCUGCUAAAGAUUACGAUGAUAUUUCCCUUCUGAACAGCAUACGUUCACUCAUAACUACCAAACAGUCACAGGUCUUAUUUUUGACAACAGGGCAUUGCUGGGAUGUAAAUGAACCAUCGUUCCUCAUUUACAGAGAAAUGGCAUCUCUGAGUUAUGGGCAUCACUUUCAAAUUGACAUCUCAGAUCUGGGCAAGGUUUUCAACUAUCUGGAUUACACUCUAUCAAUACCUAUUAACAAUGUUGUAAAGGUGUUUUACAAAUACUAUAAUGUCCUAACUCAUUGUGAUGACUUUACGGUAACAGCUGACUUCAAAACCUUACUGGUGAUCAUUGAUGGACAGAUUACUUCAAUAACUAUUUCCGGGCCUGGCUCUACAGACCCAACGCCAAAAACAAUUGUGUCUGAAAUCUGGGGAUCAUUGUAUGAAAUUAAUAUUCCUGCCAAAGGAACAUGGAACAUAUGCGUAGUUUCAAACAGCCCUCAUGCUCUUCAGGUGGAGGGAUUAACAGCAACCAACGAUUGUACGCCAGUGCCUGAUACCUGCGAAGACUGUCACUCUAAUGCAAUAUGUGAUACGUUUCCUGGUGUCAUCAAGUGUACCUGUAAGGAUGGAUUCAUUGGAAACGGACUCUUAUGUGAAGACAUUGAUGAAUGUGAAUACCCCUGGUUAAACAACUGUACUUCUGUUGAAUAUUGUGUAAAUACUAUUGGCUCCUAUAAGUGCUUGUGUCCUCCUGGCUACACAAAAGGAACAGGAAACACUUGUGUUGACAUUGAUGAGUGUUCUAGCCCAGACCUGAAUAAAUGCCAUCCAUUAGCCAUUUGCAUUAAUACUGUUGGAUCUUACAUAUGUCAGUGUCCACCUGGGGUCCCAGGUAAUGGAUUUGACUGUGGCCCUUAUCCUGAUCCAUGUGCCACAGAUGUGUGUGGGCAUGGAAUGGAAUGCACAACAGAUGGCAGCACCUACUCUUGCUCUGAUCCAUGCGUCAGUCACACCGUUCUUGAUGAACCCUGGAGAAGCACUUCCAGAAACCUAUAUGUGAGCAGCAGGUGUGACAAUGACAAAGAGGGAUGGUAUCGUUUCAUUGGAACUGGAGGAGUACGCAUACCCGAAAGAUGCAUUCAAACGAAUAGCUGUGGCACUGGUGCACCUAUGUGGUUAAAUGGACCACAUCCUGCUUCAACUGAUGGUAUUGUCAAUCGCACAGCCUGUGCCCAUUGGGCUGGAGAUUGUUGCCAAUGGUCAUCAACUAUACAGAUUAAGGCUUGUCCUGGUAGAUACUAUGUCUAUAAGCUGAACAGAACACCAGCCUGCGACUUAGCAUAUUGCACAGGUACAUUUUCUAUACUUACUAAAAAAGAUAUAACACUGGGGCUUAUUUACUAA